UGGUGUCGAUUCCAGCGUGAUCCUCUAAACUUAAAACUAAAUUUAACAUCAGUGUAUCCUUGUCAUUCUCUAUACAGAAUGAAAAGGACAGACUGAUGUUAAAUUUAGUUUUAAGUUUAGAGAAUCACGCUGGAAUCGACACCAGUAUCAGUAAGUAUAGGUACUCCGUUAUAUUCCUACCUCGGUAAAACCAAGACAAUAUAGUUAUAAUUAAGAAAAACAUAAUCAUCAACACCAACCGUUUUAAAUCGAAAAAAUGGUUUAUUUCGGUUUUAAACGGUUUUUUUCGUUUUAAACGGAUUGCUUUAAUUGUUUUUAAACCGGCCUUACAUCUAUAAUCCCGAUACAAUGUUACAUUAUCUUCUACUUACUAUGUAAUUUUGGUCUUUUCUUUCAAAGAAGAUGGUUCAAAAGUGCAGUCGGUUUCCGGCAGCGAUGAAAUAUAUUUUAUUUAAAAACUCGUUUUAUAUUAUAACAUGAAAAGAUACUUUUUUUUUAUUUAUCUCCGAUUAAUUUUAAAUAGUGUUCAAAAUUUAAUAAUAUAUUAAGGAUUGUGGCCACUCUGUCAUAAAUGACUGUGAAACACUCAGAAAUGGUUUUGUGAGAAAAUAAUCAUGUUGUCUGUUUACGUUACGCUUUUAAAAUCUCAGACAGUUAUUUAUAAGGAUAAUAAUCCGGGCGAGGUGAGUACUAAAGAUCUUGCUUGGUGUCAACAGGUGGCGGUGCGCGUGCGACCGCUACGUGCCGACGAAGGCUCCCGCAUCGUGCACGUGGUUAGCGAUAAGAUAUUGGUGUUGGAGGAGGAAGCGGACUACAGACGCGACGUCUUGCGCCAGCGCAGGCUGAACGACAAGCAGUAUGUCUACGACAGAGUUUUUGGCGAAGACAGCACGCAAGUACGUCAAUUUUCAUAACGUUCCGUCAUUUCGGGAAAACAUACGAUGAUUGUGAUAACGUCUGAAAACUCUUAGGUGCAUUACGAUUCCUUUCAUUAAAUUUUUUGUCAGUGCUUUUUUCUUAAUUAUGUUAAACAAUAGCUUGGUGAACUAAACAAAUAUUAGAUGUAAUGUUGUUCAAAACAACGCAGUCUUGAUGUUCGUAAAUGGUCUCUAUUUAUGGUGUAGGUAACCAGUGCGAUUACGAUAUUUUAUAUAUCUAUCAAAAAACCAUCUACAUUAUGGUAGGCAUUUCUAUUUCUUUAUACUAGGAGGAAGUGUAUGAAGCUGUCUGUGCUCCACUGGUGGACGACACCCUACGCGGAUUCGCUGGCGCCAUAUUCGCGUACGGGGCCACGGGGGCCGGCAAAACUCACACCAUGACUGGGUUGAUGACGCGAGCACUCAACAGACUCUUCACUGCUAUCACUGAAAGUGCCAACCCAAAAGCAUACGAGGUGAAAAUGUCGUACAUUGAAAUCUAUAACGAAAACAUAAGAGACCUGCUGAAUCCCGGCGGACCGCUGGAGUUGCGCGAUGAGGGUAGUGGAGCGCCGGUGGUGGCGGGGCUAAGCGAGGUGGAAGCAACGAGUGCUGCUCACGUCUGCGAGCUGCUGACGCGCGGCGACCGAGCCCGCACCGCUGAACCGACUCAUGCCAACCAGCACUCUUCAAGAGGACACGCUUUGUUGAGUGUGACAGUAAGCACGCCAGUCGAAGGUGGUACACAGCGCGGACGCUUGUUCCUCAUCGACUUGGCGGGCUCGGAGCGUGCUGGGCUGCGCGCGCGCCGUCUCGAAGGAGCACACAUAAAUCGCUCCCUGCUCGCACUUGGCAACUGUAUUAUGGCAUUAUCAGGAGGAGCCAGGUACGUCAACUACCGAGAUUCCAAGUUGACACGGCUCCUGAGGGAGGUGUUGGGCGGUCGGUGUCGCACAGCGAUGGUGGCGCACGUCGCGCCUGGUUCUGCCCAAAAGGAGACCACACGCUCCACACUGCAUUACGCACAACGAGCCUCUUCUAUUACCAACAGAGUGGAACGAGAGAUGGUGGAAACUCCUAUGCAUAUGUCCCAGUACCGUAGUGUAAUAUAUGAGCUACGAGAGGAAAUAUCCAGGCUUAAGUCGAAAAUGAAAGGCGAUUCUGCAAGAUCCAAAGAUGAUUUUACACAACCGCAGCAAACAGAAGAAUUAACAAAAGAGGAGAGUGCAGAAAACGCAGCACAUUUGAAAUCCUUGAGGGAAUCAAUUGUGUCUACUUUCAAGCAGCAGAUGCGACUACGUCGGCGGCUUAUGGAGCUUGACAGUCACCUUCUGGGGCUUGCUCUGGAUGCGGAAAGACAACACGCAGCCAUCUCGCACUGGGAAGCUAGAUUCAACCGAUUAUACAAACCAAUUAGCUUAUCCGGAUCAAGAUUAAGCACACAACAAAGUUACAGAGGUGGUACGGGGUCGGUGACGAGUGGCAGCGAGCGUGCGGAGGCAGAGGUGGCAGUGGAGCAGGCGUGGGCUGAGCUGGCGGCGGUAGAGCGCGAACAGGAGGCGGCGCGGACGGAGCGCGCGCGUGUCGAGAGGCAGCUCGAGCAAGUGCGGCUGAGAGGCGCGCAGCUAGAACAGGAACUACCAGCACGAAUCAACAGCGGCCCAGAGCGCGAAGUAUUGGCGCUAGUGUGCCGUGUUCACGAAUUAGAAGCGGACAAACUAGCGCUGCAGGGCGAACGUGCUGCCAGGUCUCAUGAGCUGCGCCGCCGGGAUUUGGCGCUGCAGCGGCGGGACUCGCAGCGCAGGCUUUCUGAUGAGAUCAUCACACGACAACGGCGAGCACUCGAAGAAAUGGGAAUCGGUAUACCUUCGGAACUGAGCCAGCUGUACGAGUUAUACCAACAGGAGAUACACGCUUCCACCUACACAGAGAGCAAUGACGUCUACUCCCCAUCUUAUAAAUUGCCGCCUAUUUCUACAAGUUUGUCUGAGCUCGCGUGGUCGGAGAGCUCGAGUGGGUCGGGGCGCGGCUCGAGCUCGGGCUCCGGUGGAACCCUGGCGCUCGACCGCCGCUUGCCGCGCCUCGCACCUACACCCCGCCCCCGGACCAGCCAAGCGAGUGCAGCCACUAUGAAACGGUAUUCCAGUGACGACAGCCUUGUGAUGGUGGCACCACGAGCAGGCGAUGCCGCCGCGCCUUGAAACUGCAGCCGGUGAAUCUUCUAAAGGAUCUUAUCAGUACAAAAAUGUGGGGUCAAUGGUUUAUGGUUUGUCGUUUUCCUGUACUUGUCUGAUUUAAACGUUGCAUCAUCGUCGUCUGCAAUUUCGAGUUAAUGUAAGCUACGUGAGCGUAAUAAACGAGUACCAAAAUUGGAAAAAUAAUGUAACAGAGCAUUCCAAAAAAGAAGUCCCUUAUUAAUGGCGGCGCUACUGUUGAUCUUUUGAAUAUUUUUUUCGGGUAGAACUUUUAACAUUUCAGCCUUUAACUACAGCAAAAUAAAUAAUUGUAUAAAAGUUAUAUCGAUUUCCAACAAUGGCAAAACUAUAACAGGAUGAUCUUGAUUCUUUUAUAAAACGAAUUGAACUGAUAGGCUUUCACAAUAAAAACAACAUAUGGCGUCUGAUUUAAAUUAUAUUAGCUAUGUACAAUGGCUGGCUAUGUACAUUUAACAGUAUGGCCUAUAAUAUCUAACUAGCAGCUUUAAUAUAACUUUAUAUUUUAUUAUAAUAUUCAUAUUUUCAGUAUAGACAUAGCAAAAAUUUUUGAUUGUCUAUUCCAACAAAUUAUUUCGCCAUUUUUGUACGAUAUGACAAGAAAUCUUGACGGUGCUUAUCAAAAAAUAAUAGAGCAUAACGUAAAUGUGGUAGGUAUGUAAUUUCGUUGGUAUGUAUAAAUCAAUGACAGGAGGUAUAUUAACUAAUUAAUAAAUAAUAAAUAAAUAAAUAUUUCCAACACUCAUACCAAUUAGCCUAGCCCCAAAGUAAGCACUAUAAGGCUUGUGUUAUGGGAUACUAGGGUAACGGAUAGAAUACACAUACUUUACAUAUAGAAGUAUAUUUAUAUAGAAAUACAUAUUUAAACAUCCAUGACUGGAGUACAAAUGCUCGUGUUCAUCACACAAAUAUCUGCCCCCACCGGGAUUCGAACCCGGGACCUCUCGAAUCGGCGACGCCAUGAAACCCGGCGUACAAACCACUCGGCCACGGAGGUCGUCAGUUACAUAUCGUUGCUAGUUAAAUAAAUAAAUAAAAUAAAUAUUUUCAACACUCACACCAAUUAGCCUAGCCCCAAAGUAAGCACUGUAAGGCUUGUGUUAUGGGAUACUAGCAUAACGAAUAGAAUACAUAUAUUGUACAUAUGUAAGUAUAUGUAUAUAGAAAAACAUAUUAAACAUCCAUGACUGGAGUACAAAUCAUCGCACAAAUAUCUGCCCCCACCAGGAUUCGAACCCGGGACCUCUCCAGUCGGCGACACCAUGAAACCCGGCGUAUAAACGAAUCGGCCACGGAGGUCGUCUGCUGUUUUAUAUGCUAUCCUUUGUCAACGUAGGAUAGGAUUUUUAAAAUAAUAACCAAAAUUCAGUCAUAUCGUAUUAGCGCUCACGUAGUUAAGUCAAACCCAUUAGAUAUAUAGCUUCAUGGUCAAACCUCUCUUGGAUAAACCAAAAGUUAUAUUUUAAAGUUGCCUACCAUAUUUAUUAACAUGGUUUGAAGCCAAUGUAGUCUGUGUUGUUAUAUUAGGCUCACCUUAGUGAUGUGUAUUGAUUUUAAUAAAAAAAGAAUGUGUACAAAAUGAACUGUUGUCAUUUAUAAAAACAUUUAACUAUGAACAUAAAGAAAAGUUUGUACCUUUAGUUGCCUACUUAUUUGAAUUGUACUAAAUAGUUAGUUCUUUUUGCCAGAAAUUUUAAGCAGGAUGUAAAAAUACCUUUGAGGUACUUUAUUAUGCCCGUUAUAAAAAUAAUGAACAAUUUAUACAAAAUUAGUUAUAAUGGGUUCUUAUUUUGAGCAAUUUCUCCAUGUUAGUAUUAUUAAAAUAUUUUUUUUUAGUUUUGGCAUGGUAUGUGAAAAGUUUAUGCCCACUUCCGAUUUAACUAUAUCUGUUUGUUUUGUCAUUUGUAAAUUAUUUGGUAUCUAGAUAGCUCCGUUAAUGCGUUUGGUAUAAGUAUCAUCGCAUAGAAGAUAUAGUCGUAUUUUUGUGCUUGUAAAACAAUUAAAUAUAUAAAUAAAU